AUGGCGGCCACAGGAACCGCCGCAGCUCUGCGACAGCAGUUUUCGAUCCCUCUUAUAGCGUCGUACAUUAUCGACUGGAUUCUUCUCGCCGGUCUUGCAGUCGGCUCCUAUGUUCUUGGCAACAUCAAACCAAACUUUCGCAACUUUUCGCUCGCCGACCCGAAUAUUGCCUUUCCUUUCGCCGACCACGAAACCUUCUCCAACAAGCUUCUCUUUGUCUGCUGCGGCGUCAUUCCCGUCAUUGUGGUGCUCGUCGUGACCCUCAUCUUCGUUCCCGGCGGCACCGUGCCCAAGGGCACCCCCGCUCUGCUCGUUUGGAAGCGCAAGCUCUGGGAAUUGCAAAUCACUUGGCUCGGCCUGCUUAUGGCUGUCGGAUCCGCUUGGUUCUUUGUUAGCGGCUUGAAGAACAUGUGCGGCAAGCCACGGCCCGACAUGCUGUCCCGAUGCAAGCCCGACAUGGCCAACGCCGACAAGUACAUUGUAGGCGGCUUCCAGAUUACAGGCGCGAACGGACACCUCUACUCCGCCGCCAUCUGCACCGAGACGGACGAGUCCAAGCUUUGGGACGGCUUCCGUAGCUACCCCAGCGGUCACGCCUCGGCCUCGGCCGGUGGCUUGAUCUACCUCUCGCUAUUCUUAGCGAGCAAAUUUGCCGUGACACUUCCCUGGAUCAUGCCUGGUUCAAGUGACAAUGCUUCUUCGCACGGUGCUUUCCCUUCUCGCCUAGGACAGGCGGAAGCGCGCCCGCAAAACGGCUAUGAGGACGGCCACGAUGCCAGCUGGCCACUCAGCGCAAAAAGGAGCACCAAUGAGAAAAUCCAAGGCGCGCGCAUGCGUGCCGCUGCUCCUCCCGUUUUCCUACUCGUCAUUACCCUGGUUCCAUUCUGUCUAGCAAUUACCAUUUCUGCGUCACGCUGGUUUAAUUAUCGCCAUCAUGGAUUUGAUAUUCUGUUUGGUUUCCUCAUUGGCACCAUCUGCGCCAUCUACAGCUUCCGCUAUUACCAUAUGCCGAUCCAGGAUGGCGCGGGCUGGGCCUGGGGCCCCCGCAGCUCUGCACGCGCAUUCUGGGCAGGCGUUGGUAAUGUUGGCUUUGUCAAUGCCCGUUCGGACCAUGUGGCCGAAUCUGCCGACAUGCAAGCCUAUCCGCCGACCGCAGUCUCGCGCGGUGGCAACCAGCGCUCCGUUCAGCAUCCCGAGGCGACCAGCCAGUACAAUGGGCAAUACAGUGCUGAAUAUGAAGAUGUCGAGUUGCAGAGACUUAACCAGGGCGAUAACCGAGUCUAG